AUGAAAAACAAAGAUCUUCAACAAGUAGUUUUUCAUAAAUAUGAAGAUGGUGAUAAUCCUACCGAAAUCUUUCGUGAUUUAAAUGGCACGUUAGGAUUAGCCAGCUUGAAAAGAUCGUGUAAGAUUAUCCGUGAAACCGGUUCUGUCCAGCUAUUGAAACUACCUGGCUGUCCACGUUUUGCUCGAACUAGUAAAACGAUUAAAAAAAGCAAGCACAAACUCGACCAGAAGAAGAUGCUAUCGGUUCGAAGUGUGACUAAGGAUUAUCCCAUAUCUGAAUCAAGUGCACAUCGAAUAUUAAGGGGAGACCUGAAACUUCAUACCUACAAGAUGACCAUCGAACCAAACCUUACGGAAGAGCACAAAAUCAAACGAGAAAAAUUCGUUAAUUAG